AGCGGCCCGCAGGCACCCGCCGGGGCCGAGCAACUCGCCUUCUCGCGGCGCCGCCCCGCCCCAACCCUCUGUGGGCCCCGCCCCCGCCCUCCGCGGGCCCCGCCCCCGCCCGCUCCCGGCCCCCACCUCCCCCGGCGCCCGCGCUGCAGGAAGGAGCUGCGGGCUCCAGCCCCUCUGGUCGAGCGCGCCGCUCGGCACCAUGCCCCGCAUAGAUGCGGACCUCAAGCUGGACUUCAAGGAUGUCCUUCUCCGACCCAAGCGAAGCAGCCUCAAGAGCCGAGCCGAGGUGGAUCUCGAGCGAACCUUCACAUUUCGAAACUCGAAGCAGACCUACUCAGGGAUUCCCAUCAUUGUGGCCAACAUGGACACCGUGGGGACAUUUGAGAUGGCGGUGGUGAUGUCACAGCACUCCAUGUUUACAGCAAUUCACAAGCAUUACACCCUGGAUGACUGGAAGCUCUUUGCCGCUAAUCACCCAGAAUGCCUGCAGCAUGUUGCCGUGAGUUCCGGCAGUGGGAAGAAUGAUCUGGAAAAGAUGAGCAGCAUCCUGGAAGCUGUGCCGCAGGUUAAGUUUAUUUGCCUGGAUGUGGCCAAUGGGUACUCGGAGCAUUUUGUGGAAUUCGUGAAGCUUGUCCGUGCCAAAUUUCCGGAACACACCAUCAUGGCAGGGAAUGUGGUGACGGGAGAGAUGGUGGAAGAGCUUAUUCUUUCUGGAGCAGAUAUAAUCAAAGUGGGAGUCGGACCAGGUUCCGUGUGUACUACCCGCACCAAGACCGGGGUGGGCUACCCCCAGCUGAGCGCCGUGAUCGAGUGCGCGGACUCGGCCCAUGGCCUGAAGGGGCACAUUAUCUCCGACGGAGGCUGUACGUGUCCAGGAGAUGUCGCCAAAGCCUUUGGAGCCGGAGCCGAUUUUGUCAUGCUGGGAGGGAUGUUUUCAGGCCACACGGAGUGCGCCGGAGAGGUGAUCGAGAGGAACGGGCAGAAGCUCAAGCUCUUCUACGGGAUGAGCUCAGAGACCGCGAUGAAGAAACACUCAGGAGGGGUCGCCGAGUACAGAGCCUCCGAGGGCAAGACCGUGGAAGUACCUUACAAAGGGGACGUGGAGAACACGAUUCUGGAUAUUCUCGGGGGACUGAGGUCUACCUGCACCUACGUAGGGGCCGCCAAACUCAAAGAGCUCAGCCGGAGGGCGACCUUCAUCCGGGUGACCCAGCAGCACAACACCGUGUUCAGCUAACCUCGGGCACAAGGCGGCCUCGGGCAGGUGGGAGCGUCCCCGUCCACGCCUGCUUUCCCACCUCCGUCCUCCGGUGCCGGCAGAGGUUCCCGCUCAUCCUCAUGGCUGAAGGCCACCCCCUUCGCUCCUGUCACCUGGAGCCUGCGGGGCUCCCCUGGGUCCAGGGGCCCAGAAGCAGGGCCCUCACUGGAUCUGCGGUCAGAGCUCAGCUGCCCGGGAUCCCAAACCUCAUUGUUAAAACUAACACUUGGCGCCGUUUUCUUUUUUCUUUCUUUUUCUUUUUCUUUCUUUUUUUUUUUUUUUUAAAGAAAACAGUUUCACUUGAAUAUAAUGCUAUUAAGACUUGCUUGCGUGCGGAGUUUGCAUUUGUAGGAAGCAGGUUUUCAGGGGCGCUGGGGGUUUUCUGCCGUCUUCUCAUCCUUGGCUCUUAGCGGUCAAGGUUCCCGGGGCGGGGUGCCGGAUGGGACAGGCCAGGCCACAGCCGCAGGAACUGGCCUUCUCUCCCUCUAGAUGGUGGUUGCUUGAAACAAACGAGAGCAAUGACCGGGCCGUGACCUUGAAGUGUCGCUUUUCCCUGAGGUAAUGGCACACGCCUUUCCCCCUCCUUCCUGACACAUGCCUUUUGGGAACAGGUCCCCUGUCACGGCUUCAGGGAAGUGGUCUCUGUCUUGAUUUUUCAUUUAGUUUUGUUUUUUUUCCAUUUCCUCCCUCUCCCUCCGCAGGCCCAGCCUGUCAGGCUGGCCUCUCUCUUAAAGAGACACUCCGUUAUUUUGAAGUUUGGUGGGAUCUUUUCAUGGAAAGCGUUAUCCACCCAGACGGUGGCAGGUAGAGUGGCACUGAAAAAGCAGCCCAGAUCCUGACCAUUGGCUUCCUGAAAGGCAUUGGUUUAGCAUCUGCGAUAGAACUGUUCCCUUGAAGGGCUGUGACUACACCCCACGAAUGGCCACUGGGCACCACUGUAUCACCGUCCAUGCAUUGACUGGUGACAGUGGUACUUUCUUGGAGAAAGGACCGGUGGCCUUGGCGGGAAUCCCAUGGCCGUCCAUUGUGACACUUGUUUUAAACAGUGAACACAGAAGAAAUGGGUGACGACUGGCCACGUCUUUGGAAGCAUUCCUUGAGGAUGAGGAUGGGUGGGCAGCCCGGUGUGUUUUAUUUCCUUUUAAACGAGGCUAAAGCAGCAGACACAAGAGGCCAUUUUCUUUGAAAAGACCCUUGAUGGUGCUGCAGCAACAGCAAGGGGCCGCACGGUCCUCCUGAGCAAGGGCGGAUUACCUGCCUGAUGUGUCCGUGGUGAUGGACGCCCGACGCAGAAUCCAACCCAAUCCUCAGUCCAGGAACUCCCAGGUCCACGUUUGGUCUUAUAAGAUGACCUUUAAGAGAUCCAGCAACUUGAACUCCCUGGUAAUGCUUUUCCCCCUCAAUCCAUUUAGGGUACUUCUUGUACGUGGAGAAACACGAACAGCUACAGGGCUGAGAUGAGGGUCUGAAGGAUGUUGAACAUCGAGUGAGAUGUGGGGGUGCUGCUGGAGCCCCUGCACCCUUCCUGCUUGCUCAUCGAGGUACGAGCGCCCCGCUCACCCUGCGGAAGGCGUGUUUCACACGUGAGCCCUUGAGUUUAAGAGAUUCUUUGUUGCAAAGCAGGGGAGAAAAGGGAGGGAGAUGCCUUACAUCCCUUAAAAGGCAUCAGUAGUAAGGACACUUUCCCAACAGCGUCCCUCUCUGUACUCCUGUCUCAGCUUGGGGUCAGCAGUGUCCCUUUUGUGCCCAGGCUGUAGCGCACCAUGGCUUCUCUUGGGACAGUCUUCUCUGCAGUGAUGAGCACCCACUUUUAUCCAUCUUGUGCAGAGAUGUGGCAGACCCUCUGCUCUUUGCUUUCAAAAAGGCAGCGAGGCAGGUCCCUCGCUCACCUGGAUUUUAGGGAAGUAAAACAUAAGUCAUGGCAGAAACACGUCAGGGUCAUUUUGAAGCAGGAGUUUGACUUCUGAAGCACCUUCCUUGGCGAGUUCAUCCCUGCCUCCAAUAGCAGUGGGCAUGGGGGCACCCGUACUGGAGCCACUUCCUGUGCCAGGGUGGGCGGGGGGCAGAGCCCUUGACUAGAUGCCACUCACCUUGGGCUGCUCCACCUGUGGGCUCCCGCUGUGCUUUACUGGUGUCAAGGUCAAGGUCUGGCUCAUCACGGCAUGCGAAGCAGAGGUUUUUCUGCAAUCAGUUUGAUGGGUUCAGGUAAGUAUCACAGCUAUGGGACCCCACAUGUGCCAGGGCUGUUAGCAUCUAAUAUUAAAACAACAGGGAAGGCACUGAUUCCGACUGCUUUGCCAGACUUGCCCCUGUCCACCCAGCCUGCUCUGGAGGGUGAGGACUCGGUCAGCCUUUUUAUCUGGGGCACCAGGCUCAGCUAAUCGCUGCUCAUUUACAUGCCGGUGUUCUUUCACGCACUAGCAUUCACAAUGCAUCAGGACCUCAGCUUUCUUUAAGUCCUAAAAGGAGAAGUCCCCAGACACCUAGCCAAGAAGAGAGUAACAGGAAAGGAGUUACACACCUGUCUCUGAGCUAAGUGACAGCUCCUCGUUGAAUGCCCAGGUCUCUUCUGGCUCUGCAGAACCUUACGAAUGGAAAGAGCCGACACCCACACAUGCAGAGGGGAGCAGAGGGCUUCACCUGCUUGGGGCUAAUUACUUUCUGGGGCACCUGCAAAGCCACAUCCGAGACUGGGCACAGCACACACCUCUGAGUUUUUAACAGGCAUGAACUACAGCAAACACGAACGAACUCUCCAUCCUCCGACCCCUAACCAGGCUACAGCAAAAUUAUGCAGCAGUGUAUCAUUGAUGCCACAUGAGCCCAGGAAGCUGCCAAAUUCUGUUGAGAAGGAAAAUGAUCAUAUAAAAACAGCAAGGUUCAUCUAGGAGAAUUACACGUGAACAGAACAAGCCAGGACACCAGAUACUGAGAUAUGCCAUGUAUCAAUCUCAUCUCAGGCAUAACCAAACCUCCCCACUCCUGAAAAUGAGUGGGAAAGGCGUUGCCUUAAUGUCACCGGCCACCACCCUAAACCGGUGAUCAGAGCAGAUGAGGAGGCGGCAGCAUUGCCUCGUCUCUCAACCAGGACCGGACACAAGGCAAGGGACACGUUUGCAAUUGGCACUGUUAUUUUAUUAGUACGAGUAUACUGAAACAAUAAACUUGUACUGGUAUACAGACAAUUUAUUUAAAACAAUUUUGUUCAAAUUUUGAAUCAAACAUUGUUUUAUUAUAAUAAUGAAAUAAUUUCUACCUAGAAAACCUGCAAGCACCAUCAAAGAAAGGGACCAUAAAAUUCAAUAAACAGACUCGAGUGUAUCCUACAAAUAGACACACCACGAUUAGAAAAUAGAAUAUGAAUUCUUCCAUUUUUUUAAUAUUUGUUUUAAAAAAGCUAGUGCAAGUACAAUAUUUUACACUGGAAUUACAGAGAGUAUGCACGCAUAUGGAAAAAAGGUUCUCCUGUCACAAUAAAAGCUCUUAACUAUGUACGCACUUAAAAUUUUCUUUUCAUAAGGUGCAAAACAUCAUUCCUUCCCUAGUUCUCCUCUGUACUGGCCAUGUCAGUCUGAUCGUGCCCACAAAGCUCUGUGUGUCUCGUUUCCCUUGGCCGGUGGGAGGCAUACACUUGGAAGUGUGGAGCGGCGGGGACCUCAUGCUAAAAAAACACAACGAUGAGCAUCUCAGAGAUGGCUCUGGGACCAGGACCCCAGUGGCUAGAAAUGAGGACUCCUCUCUUCACCGAAGGCCACCACGCAUACUGGCAGGGCGCUACGGCACCCUUCGAGCUGACACUAGUCUGGGUUCACAGGGAGCAAGGAAGGCUGAGGAGGAAGAAACCGCCCCCCCACCCAUCCCAAGGCCACAAGGGCAGUAUUCACAGAACCGAAUGCACAGGUGAUCACGUGUCAUGUUCACCCACUAAGGAAGUCGCCCCGCUCCUGGACCACAUCGUUUCAUGAGUCGGUGGUUCGUGGAAGAACCAGCGGGACCUUCCCCGCCCAGCUCGGUAACCGCUCAGACUGGUCAUUCCAGAGGACAGUAUGGGAUCUCGGCAAGGAUUUUACUGUAAACAGCGCUUCCAAAGGGGGCCUUGAGACUGGCCACGGAAAAGGAGACCGGCUCAUCGGCCAUCCAGACAGCAAACGAACAAACUAAAGGGAAAGAAAACUUGGGUGACGUCUCCAAUUAUCUGCAGUGGAAGACUGGAGUCCUUUCAGAGAAGAAAAGUGGCGGAAAUUCGGUAUAGAUACUACCUAUUGGCCAAAUGCACUUAAUCUUAAUACAGCUGAACCAUGUGUAUGCAAGUCAUGAGGAUGUGAAAAACCAAAGCCCCUGUUCCCUCCCGCCCUUGCACAGGUGAACGUCAGCUACCAGGAACAUGGCAUGUCAUGGUCAAGGAGGGGCUGAGAUUCUGAAUUUUAAGAACUGGAGGGGGAUCUGCCUCAGUAGCCCCUCAGCUGUCCAGUUUCUGCUGGUUGGCUUAACUUCUGGACAGACUAUGACUCUUCUGAGAAGUUACUCCACAUUUAUUUUGGCCUCUUAAUAGUAAGGAAAAAAAAAAAAAA